UUUACCUAGCCCCAAAAGCAUAAAGCUGAAGGCGAGCUGGUGUAGACAGCCGCUGUGCAUCGCUGUUGCACCGACGCCGUCGCAAAGACUUGUUUACAGCUUUAAGAAUGGCUGCCGCACGAUGCGCGUUGGCCCUGGCACUGCUCGCGGCGCCUACCCAAGCCCUCGCUGCCAGACGCCGCUCCCCCGUGCGCAUGUCGAUAGAUGUGUGGAAAUUAACUUCAGGCGCCCUACGCCAUCGAAGCGAUGCUGUAGCUCAAUGGUUGAUUUCCACACAGGUCGAUAGCGCCGAGCGACGUCGUCGUGAUGAUGAACGGCCUCCCCGGCAAGAUGGGCUAUUCGUGUGCGGAGGCGUGCGUGGCCAGAGGCAUGACGUUAGCCGACGUCGCAUUGACCGGUGAGCCCUUCGCGGGCACUCCCACGGAUGACCGCAUCCCCAAGGUCGACCUGGUAGCCGGCGGCUCCGACGAAGCAGAGAAGCGCGGCGCAGAACUCGCCAAAAAGUGCAAGGAGCAAGGCAAGGUGUUGGUCGCGGUCGACUUCACGGCGCCGCAAGCGGCUUUACCGAACGCCGAAUAUUACGCGAGGCACGGCAUGCAUUUUGUGAUGGGGACGACGGGCGGCGACUACGACGCGAUUGGAAAGACCGUGACGGACGGCAAGCACGGCGCCGUGGUCGCGCCGAACAUGAGCAAGCAGAUCGUGGCCAUGCAGGCCGUGGUGGACCAGGCCGCUCGUGAUUUUCCCAAUGCGUUUGCGGGCUACGACCUCACGGUGAUCGAGUCCCACCAGAAGGCCAAAGUGGACACCUCUGGAACUGCAAAAGCAGUGGUCGCGUCGCUGAAGGAAUUAAAUGGAGGCGGCUUCCAGGUCGAAGACGUCGAAAAGGUCCGCAACGACGAGACCUCGUUGAAUGGGGCCAACGGUCGGUUAGGUAAGGUGCCUAGUGAACACCUGCCGGGCCACGCCUACCACACCUACGCGUUGACCUCGGGCGACGGCACCGUGACGUUCGAACUCAGACACAAUGUUAAUGGAAGAUCGACGUACGCCGAGGGCGUCGCGGACGCGUGCUUGUUUCUCGCGGCGAAGGCCGACGCGGGCUUCCCGCGGGCGCGGUUUCUGGGGCGCCGAAAACGGCUCUUCGACAUGAUCGAUGUUUUACAGGAGGGGGCCAUGUCCUAAGUAGCUUAUCGUUAUA